CUGGGUUACCUAGAUUAGCUAAUUUUUUUUAUUCGAUUAUCAGAAAAAGACUAUGCAAUUUAGAUACAAAUGAAAAAGACUGGUUAGAACACAAUGCUUUAAGUUAUAAAUCUUUGAGGAUCAGCAUAUUAGUUGAUGGGGUGCACUCAGAUAAUACCCAUUUGUAAAGCUGAUGGAGACGGAAUCCAAAUUUUUGAUUGGCUGGGAAGAGGAGCGUGCAGAAUUGAGGGUGGAGUUAUCUAGGCUGAAGGAGGAACUUGCUGAGAGCAAGGCAGAGAAGGAGGAGCUUCAGUCCCGCACACAUGCACUGACUGACAGGCUAUCUCAGACUGUGGACAUGUCCUUGUCUCUCCGUCUGGAUGGCGAGCAGAGAGAAUGGAGGAGGAAGCUGAGAGAAGGCACAGAGAGAGAAGGCAGACAGGCUCUGCUUAUCCACAAACUACAGAACAAGUUGGUGGAAUACAGGGGAUUGUGUGGCCAUCUGGAGCAGCAGGUACAGACUGCUGAGAGAAAGAGAAUGCUGCGAGACGAGCACAGUGAUGCAUUGGAGAGCGCCCUCAUUAGGCUGGAGGAGGAACAGCAGAGGAGUGUGGCGCUGGUGGGAGUCAACACGCUAUUACGUAGUCAGCUCAGCCAAACAACAGAAGCAAACCAAGCCCUGCAAGGUGACUUAAAGAAGCUGACAGCAGAUUGGACUAAAACAGUGGAGGAGGUGGGACAAAGGGAAAUUGACUGGCACCAAGAGAAACAGACUUUGUCCAGAUAUGUGUCAGGAGAGCACGCCAGGCUUCUGCUGAUCUGGGGAGGGGUGGAGGCUCUCCGACGCCAGUGCCACACUAUAAAGACCGCCACAGACAAAGACCUAUGGGAGCUGAGGGCGGAGUUUUCUCGCCUGUCAUCCACUUUACUCUCUCUGCCUUGCCUUCCUGCUGUCUCCUCCACCCAUGCGUCUCCCCCUCUCUCCUCCACCCUCACGUCUCAGCCUCUCUCUUCCACCCACGCAUCUUCCUCCACCCCGGGACCCAUGACUGUGGAGGACUUGCGUCAGGAGCAGACAGUCCACCCAGAACUCAUAGCUGUGCGUGAAGAGAACUCUGGGCUCAGGUACAGGAUUGGAGAGUUGAUGGACACUGUAAAAGCUCAGGAGUGUGAGAGGCAAAGACAGGAGCUGGAGAUGGAGAAGAUCAGGGAGAGAGAGCAGCAGAGAGAGCAGCAGCACACAGAGACUCAGAGAGACUUGGAAUCAGUCCAAAACGCUGUCAGAAACUUGUACAGGGUUAUUGUCUCUCUAAGGCUGGAUGGACAUUCCAGAAAUGUGGCUAGCCAUGUUGAGCCCAAUGAUGGCUUGUCUUCUGUGCUGACAAUUAUCGCUCAGGCUGAGACAGCCCUCCAGUGGAGACACCAGGAACUGGAGGAAGCUGAGGGGAACUUGCGCAGGUUGAGGGUGGAGACUGAAUCACUGGAGCAGCGAAUCAAAGAGCUCUGUGAUGAAAGGGAGGAGUUUCAGGACCAAGCCAAUCAGACAGCUCUGGAACUAAAGCAGACACAAAGACUGUUGAACAGCGAGAAGGAAAUCGUGGAUGGGUUACGAAGGCAGCUGGUGGAAAUGGAGACACACAGUGAAGAGCUGACUAAAGAAAACAAACAGCUGAGAUUCCAGAGGGAGAGGGAGGAUGAAGAGAGGAGUGAGUCUGAAAGAGAGCGACAGAGGCGAGUCGAGACGGAGCUUCUGGAGAACGCGCAGCUCUGUGAGAGAGAGAGCCGCACUCGCUUGGAGUUGCACAACCUGCAGGGGGCACUGGAGAGAGAGAGGCUCGAGAGAGAACGCAUAGAGAGAGAAGCAACAGAAAUCAAGGAUGCUCUCGUUAAGACUCGAGAGUCGCUAGUGGCCAUGUCCUCCAGCUACACGCUUCUGAAAAGGGAAGCAGCAGAUGGACGUGAUGCCUUGGAGAAAACUGCUGCGCUAAAUGAAUCCCUGGCUCGCGACAAGAGCAGCCUCAACUCCCGGAUUCUGCAGUUGGAGGAAGAGGUUGAUGAAGCUCACAUGCAGAUACAGAAGUUUAGAUCAGAUGUGGCGGCUCUGCAAAGGGAAUUAAAGGCCGUCUCCAUGGAAACCUCCCAGUUAAGGGCUCACAGGGAUACAGAGCUGGACUCCCUCCAGCAGGUCCGACUCGGGGAGAGAGAACUACAGAAAGAGCUGCAGGCCCUCCGAGGGGAGAGAGACAUAGAGACCACUGCUCUCGCUGAAGAGAAAGCAAGAAAUGAAGAGUUGUGUGAGCAGCACAGAGCUGUAUGUGAAGAACUAGAUAAUGUGAAAACAGAUCUCUGCAGAAUAGCAGAGCAGGAGAAGGAACUGCAGAGAGAGACACAUACACAUCUAAAGGAGCUCCGACAGCUAGAGGAAACAAAGCAUGCUCUGGAGAGACAAAAUGAGGAACUGAGGCAGGACAGAGAAGAACUCAGAAAUUUGACUGAGACCCUGCAACAGCAGCUGUGUGUGGCCCAGGACCAGGCUUCUAUGCUGGAGGUGCAGUGUACACAGCUAAACCUGCAGAUCAGCACACUGCUGCAGGCCAAAGAUGUGCUCCAUGGUGAGAUCCAGUGUCUUCAUGCAGAGCUGGAGAGAGACGCAGUGGUGAGACAACAGGAGAAACAUGUAGCAAGUGAGGAAAGGAGAAGGUGUGAAAAAGAGACUGAACACUGUCGAGCAGAGGUCAGGAGACUGCGGACGGAAUCUGAGAGAACGUCAGAACAGCUCAAGAUCCAGGAGCUAGAGCAGGAUGAAGAAAGAGGGAAGUGGCAACAGGAAAGAGAAGCUCUGAACUCUGAGCUGGGUCAAAGAGAUGGAGAAGUGGAGGCGCUGAAGAACAGGAUGGAAGCUCUGGUGGCUCAAAACAGGGAGCUGUCCAAUAUGGUUGAUGAGAGAAACUCUGAGCUGGAGCAGCUUCAGGUGGAGCUAGCAGGAGAACGCAGAGACCUGGAGAUGAGACUGCAGCAAGCAAAUGAGGAGAUGGAAAGAUGGAAGACGAGUACAGUGGACAUUCAGAGAGAGAAGGAAGAACUGAAUCAGCGGGUUUUACAAAGAGAAGAGCAAACUAAUGCAGAAUUAGAAAUCACCAGAAGAGAGAAGGGUCACAUAGCCAGUCUUUUGAGACAGAGGGAAAUUGAGAUUCAAAAGAAAGACAAAGACACUGAGGAGUUCAUGUUGAAAGUGAGAUUGCAGGAAGGUGUAAUAGAAGCACUCAAUUCACAGUUAAAAGAGAAAGAAGUCCUGGAGAGGAAGCUAACUGCUCUGGAGGAGCAGGGCGCUCAGCUGAAGGAGAGGGAGAGUGCUAAAAGACAAGAAGAAGAAAGACGACAACAGGAGAGGGUGGCAGAGGAGAGAGAGAGGGAGGUGAGGAUAAGAGGAGAGCUGAGAGAGAAAGAAGCAGCAUUAGAGCAGCUGAAAGACCAACUGGAAGAACUACUAAGGGACAAGAAACACAUUUGUUGGAUGCUGGAGGAAAAGGAGGGUAAUCUAGAAAAACUCCAGAACAAUUUGACAGGAGAACAGAAAAAUCUGGAACGUAUAGCUAGAGAAGCAAAAGAUGAGAUAGAGAGGUGGAAGAGGAGGGCAGGUGACGCAGAGAAAGAAAAGGAGGUAGUGAACCAAAUGCUGGCAGACCGAGUGGAGAGAGAAAGAAACGACCUCAGUGCUCUGGAACAAGAAAUGGAUGACUUAAGAAAUGUGCUACAAGAAAGAGAGGAAGCACUACAAAAGAGAGUGAAUGAUAUUAUGGACUUAAAAUCUACACUAGAGUUGUUAGAAGGGAUCAUAGAGAAUGAAAGGAAGCACAAGGAGACACUGGAAGGCCAGCUUAUUAUGUUAGGGGAACAGAACUCACAUCUUAUUAAAAGAGACGAAGAGAGGCUGAAAGAACGGAACAAGAUGGAGGACGAGCACCAAGAGCAACAGAAGGUGCUGUGCAGAGAGCUUGAGCAGAGAGACGGAGAGAUAGAAAACCUCCGAUCCAAAGCAGAAGAAAUACUAAAGGAGAAAGAUGAGAUACUAGACCGACUGGAUGAGAGAGAUACUGAGUUAGAGAAACUGAAAGCCAGACUAACAAAAGAACAGUUGACAUUUGAGCAGAGAGUAAAAGAAGAUAAUGAACAAAGGGAGAAAUGGAAGAUGCGGAUUGAGGAACUGGAAAAGGAGAUACAGAGAUUGGAAGAGAGGGAAGAAAGCUGGAUAAGACUGGAGGAAGAGGGACAGGAGCGAGAACAGGAGAUGAGAGGAGAGAUCUGUCGGAUGGGACAGGAGCUGAAGCAGCUCAGAGUGAAGAUGGCAGAGAUGGAUGGAGAAAACAGGGAAAUGCAAUGGAAGACAGUGGAGCAAAAAGAGCGCCUUGAGUGCCAGGCCGCCCUUCUCAGGGAGAGGGAGCAGGACGCAAACAGACUGAGAGAGACUUUACAACAGAAAGAAGAAGAUGAAACAAAAAAAGCUCAACAGGGGCAGGAGGACCUGAGGAAACUGAAGGAAAGGCUGACUGUGAUGGAGCAGGAUCUGAAAGACACACAGUCCCUCCUGGACAAAGAGGGACAUCUACGCAAGGAGAAAGAAAAGGAGCUUUUAAGCUGUAGCCAAAAACUUCAACUGGCAAACGCCAAAAGUGCCAAAGAGGAAGAAAAAGUCCAAGACCUGGAAGAAACAAGCAAAAGAUUGAUGGAAGAGGUGGAAAUGUUGAGAGGAAAACUUGAGGAAAGGUCAGGAGAACUGGAGAGGAAAUUGCAACUGCUACAAAACCAUGAAAGAGAGGUUAAGAAUCUAAAAAUCAGACUGGAGGAAGGUAAAGAGGAAAACAAAGGGUUAAGGAGGUCUCUGAGUCAAAAGGAGGGAGAGACUGAGCAGUUUGAGAUCCGUCUGAAAGUACAGAGUGAAAAACUGAGAGCCAAACUAGAAGAGCUUCAACAAGAACAGCACAGCCUGGUGAAACUCGAGACACAAGUUCUAGAACUAGAAGAAGAAAGGGAUCAUCUCUCAUCAGAACUGAGAAGGAAAGAGAGAGAUGUUGAACUCUGUAAAGAAGAGACUGGAAGAGAAAAGCAAGAGAAAGACAUCAUGAGUGUCUCUCUCAAACAAAAAGAGGAGGAACUGAAAGGAGCACAGGAGAGGGAGGAGGCUGUAGUCACCCAGGUGGCAGCACUACAACAGGAAGUGGCAGCACUCUCUGCGAGCAAGGAACGCGCAAGGUCUGUGAUAAGGGAACAAAAUGAGGAGAACAAGAAGAUUAGAGAAGGGCUAAAAGCUGGCCUUCAGGAGAUGGCCACUCUAAGGGAGUUACUAGAGGAGAGCCAUCGCGAGGGCGAGACACUCAGGGCUAUCCUUCAGGGGAAGAAGGGUGAAAUGGUCCGGAGCAAAGAGAAGGAAGAUGGGACAGCAGCAAGAGCAGAAACAGAUUUACAAGCUCGAGUUCAGAGAAUAGAGAAAAAGAAUCUGGAUCUACAGGCACAGCUGUUGCUUAGAGAGUGUGAACUGGAAAAGAACGUUGAAGCGGUUACCAGAGAAAGGCGGAUGGCUGAGAAGAGAGAAGAAGACCUAAGAACUUUAGAAACCAUAGUGAAGCAGAAGGAGGAUGAGCUGGCCAGAGUGAAACCGAAGACAAACGCUAUGGAAGAACAGAGACCCGAUCUCAUCCAUGUGGUGGCAGAGAAGAGCAAAGAGGUGGAGAAGCUGACCAGCAGGGUGAAGGAGCUGGAGGAGGUGCUGAAGGAGAAAAAUCAGGAUCUGAAAAAUUCAGAACAAGUGAUUGGGUCACUGCAAAAGGAGAAGAAUUACAGACAAAAUGAGUUACAGGAAAGAGAAAAAAGGUUUGAACUUCUUAGUAAGGAACUGAGAGAGAAAGAGAGAGAGAUAGAACUGAUAAAGAACAAAAUGCAAGUUAAAGAGAGGAUGAAUGAAAGGGUUAAAUACCUUGAAGCACAGGGUGUUAAGAAUAUGGAGUUUGCAAAAGAAAAGCUUAAUGAAAAAGAAACAGAGUUAGAGAAAGUUAGAGAAAUCGCUUUCAAAGAAGAAAAGGCAAGAGUAUUCCUGCAGAAACAGCUGGAAGAUGCGAUGAGGAAUACGAAGACUCUGAAAUGUCUCCUGGAAAGUCAGGACAAAGAAAAUGAAGAGAAAAUCGCUAGACUAGAGAGGGACAUAUACCACCUAAGAGAAUCUGAAAAAAAUGCCAACAAACUUAAGAAAAAGAUUUACAAGCAGCUUCAUCAUCAUUUAAAAGACGUGUCAGGAAUCGGUAUGAUCUGUCAUACCCAGACUGAAAUGAAGGAUCUUCUAAAGAAGGAAGAUGAAACAGAUGUGUUGAACAGCCAGAUGGAGGCUCUGGAGACGGACGUGGAGAAUUUGCAGCCUCAUACUGAUGAAGAGGCCUGUAUCCCACAAGAUGAUGGAGUUUGGGAGCUACUGAACAAUCGAGUGUGCGCUGUGCUCCUGGAGAAGCAGGAGACAAGCAGACAUUUGAGAGAGAAGGAGUCAGAGGUGUAUGCUCUGAAGGAGCGGACAGAGGAGCUCAGCAGGGACAGGGACCGUGUCAGGAUGGCUCUGGAGAAGACGGAGUUGAUGCUGAUUCACUAUAAGGAAAGACUCCAGCAGCUGGACCAAGAGAAGACCAAGACAGCAGCAGUGGAGGAUAGUGGAGUGGAGGGCAGGUGUGGGGAGGAGGUGGAGCCAAGCUCAGCGGCAGAAGAACGUUUGUGCGCCAUGCAGAGGGCUGUGGCCCAGCUGGAGCUGCAGCAGAGAGAACUACAGCAGAGAAACCGACACCUGGAGCAGCACAUCCAGAGGCUGAAGACCGAGAGGCAGCACCUGCGAGACACCUUAAAGCAGGUUGAGCUCGAGAGGGGGAAAUUGCGACAUCAGCUGUCCCAAUCAGAUACUGGCAUCAAGGAGCCCCAAGUCCCAGCUGGGUCUGAUGAGCUAAACAGCCUGCGAGCUCAUGCAGGUGAACUGGCUGAGCAGGUUCACUGUUUGCGUCUGAUGCUGGCAGCCAGUCAGGAGGAGCGGACUGAAUUCAUCGAUCGCUCUCUAAUGAAUAGCCACAGACUGUUGUCCCUGAGGCAGGACCUGAAGCGCUCUUUGCUGCUGGUGACUGAGCGCAUGCAGCCCUCAGUCCUGCAGGCAGAGACCGACCGACUAGACAGAAGCAUCAGAGAGGAAGAGCUCAGCUUCACUCUCAACCAAAGCUGAAGAAGAAAUCAACCUCAGUAUCCAUCAGCUCUUGUACAGAAUUUUGCACUUUAUUUUUUUAGCAUGGAUUCUGUGUACGUUACUUACUUCAUGCCAUUUUUAUGUAUUUAUUGUUCAAUUUCUAUUAUGUAUAAUUAUCAUUAUCAUUACUAUUGUUUGGCAUUUGUUUAUAUUUGUGAGAGCAUCUAAAUCUAUCCUGAAGCUUUAUUGCAUAUAGAUCAGUACUGAAAAGUUAGUUAAAGCAUAGACUAAACGUACAGGCCAUCCAAUAAUAUAUUAUAUAAUAUAUAUAAUAAUAUAUAUAUUAUAAUAUAAUAAUAGUCAUGCAUUAGUCUGUCCAGAAUCAGGGAUGGGAAUGUCACCUGGGUUGAAUUCUGAUGUUUUCAAACCCUGAUUGCAGGGCAGCAGUUUAAUGUACAUGUUCUAAAGUGUGAAGGAGAGACUACAAUGUAACCGUUCUGACAGCCACUAAUAUGAAUUUGUGUUUUUAAGAAGAACAAAUUUGGUGACAUCCUUCAGGUAACAAAUACACAAAUGUUUUCUUGCCAACACAUGGAAGAAGUGUUUCAGUAUUUAAUUAAACCUCAAAGGCUUUUCUAAUAUUU